GCAAGCCUUCAGCCUCUACGAUAGCGAGUAAAUGGAAUUUCCUGUCGGUACUUAACAAAGUAGUGUUCUGGAUUCGAACUUUCACUGUCGCUCCCGUCGUCCUCCAAGUGUGGGUCCCGAAAGUUUUGCCCCGAGGGUUCAAAUUCAGGCGCGCGGCAUUCCAUUUGCACCCAUCUGCGCCUGCCCUGUGCAGCACACCUCCAGGCAAUUGGCGGUUGAGAUUGGGCCAUAUCUUGCCCUGCCGGCAAUCAUAUCAUCCGCCCCGCAACCAGCAAGAAGCCGCUCCGGCAAAUCUACAGCUUCAACAGCUACGUUUUCUGGUCUAUCAUCUGCAACUAAACAUCGCUGCCGUGCCGCACCGGCGUCCCAUUAUCGCUUUUUCUUGUUCUUUUUGCCCUAGGCAUCCUCCUCAUCUUCCUACGGGUCCCGAAGCGACGCCCGCGUCGUUGCCGGCAAGAUGGACCAGGAGAUGAAGCAGGCAGAGCCGUCGCCGUCGCCAGCUCCCAUGGCGAUGGCUUCGAUGCCGGCCGCGUCGCCUCAACCACAACAAGAAGUCGUCGAGAUGAACCAGGACCAGGACUCCCCUCAGACUCCGAUGCAGCUCGACUUGUCAAGCCCCGUGCCGAAUAACAAUAGUCAGCAACAGCAACAGCAGCAACAGCAACAGCAACAGCAGCAACAGCAACAGCAACAGCAGCAACAACUGCACCCCCAGGUCAAUCAGAUCAACGGUCAACAGCUCUCUGGUCAGAUUCCUGGCCAACUUCCUCUUCCCGGUCAACUUCCUAGCCAGGUCAAUAGUCCAGUCUCUGUCGGAACUCCUGGACAAGUUCCUGGCUUAGCCCUCCCAGCACCUGUCAUCAAGCGAAGAGCUCCAAUCGCUUGCCGAAGAUGCCGCCGUAUGAGAAGCAAAUGUCUCCAUGACAAGGCCCAGCCUCCCUGCCAGGCCUGCCGCGAUGCUGGACUUGGUCCGGCUGACUGCACGUUCCCCGUCCGUGGCCAGCCCGAUCAAGACCGCGAAUACCGACACCCUCGAAUCAGAGCCGACAAGUCGACCAAGCGAGACCCCGCCAAGGUCCGGCGCGAAAUCCUCGAUGCCCCCGUACGCUCACCAGUACCGGCGAUGCCCAGACCGAUUAAGGGCUACGACGAAUGGGAUCUUCUGCCGCCGCUGCCUGAAAUAGUCGAAGCCGUCCACAAGUUCACAGCUCACUACUUCCAGUUGGGCUUCAUCCAUAAGCAACACUUCCCCGAACGGCUACGGACGAACCACCGAUCUAUCAGCGUGUUUUUCCUGCUGAGUAUCUUGAGCAUUUCGGCCCGGCUGACACCAACACUGGUGGAUCGUUUCGGCGGUGCUGUUAAGGCCGCUGAAGUAUUCAUGGAACGCGCCUCUGAGGUUGCUUGCCGCGAACUGUAUAGAGAUCCGGACCUGGAGAGAUGUCAGGCGUUCUAUUUGUUGAGUAUUGCCCAGCAGGGAAGCAGCUUGAAACAGCAGAGCUCGAUCAACAUGGCGAUUGCUAUGCGUAUGGCCACGUUGAUGGGACUGCACAGGGAGGAGACGUACAGGCUGCCAGAGAACCCUUCGGAGGAAUUGAUCAUGAGGGCAGAGUCCGCCCGCCGCACUCUGUGGAUGCUCCAUAGCCAGGACAACCUCCAUUCGGGUCCGCGGUGCCCCGUGUCUCUAUCAGCUAGCGAUAUCACAGCAUUGCUGCCUUGCAACGAGAAGGACUUUGCCACUGGUCAAAUACCCAAGUCGAGAGCAGCUCUCCAGGACACUCCCCCAGCUCUGGAGAACCCUAGCCUUGUCACCGACGAGGGUCGGUCCCUAUUUGCAACUCUCAUCCAGGCCCAUUACUUCUGGGGAGCGAUCUCCCGCCGGGUGCUCAGCAACGACAAAGUCACGGAUCCAUGGGAGCCAGAAAGCGAGUAUGCAAUUAUGGUCAACCGCCUUGCGGAAUGGGAGAGAGGUCUGCCUAAUGACCAUAGGUGGAGUAGCUUUCUCCUUAAGGGAUACAAGCAAGAGGGCCAAGACUUGGCAUACCUCGGCGUGACGAUGAUAACUCGCCUCUGCAAUAUUGUUCUUAGGAAGGCAUACUUGACCGAUAUCUUGUCCGACGAUAAGUCCCAACCGGAGCGCACAGCUUUCUGGACUGAAAUGUCUCGUCAGCUGUUCAGCAACGUCAGGGAUCUGUACGAACAAAUCGACACUCAAUACAAUGAGCGGUCACCCGAGGAAGGUCCUGGGGCACAGAUGGCGGCGUUCUGCGUUUACAGCUGUGGCUUCCUCGCAUGCUACUUGUGCAAAUACCCAAAUCUCUGCCCUGAGCCAGCCAUUACUCGCGAAGGACCUUUGAUGGUUGCUCGUGUUCUCAGCAUAUUGGCAGAAAGUAGGAACAUAUGGCCUUUGGCAACUAGGUGGUAUGAGCAUCUGGAACGGUUUUACACAGCCCAAAGCGGCGUGAUAGUUGGUAACGAGGGUACCAUGGCGGACAGCGUAAGUUAUCAUCAUUCUCUCCAAAAGGCGCCUCGUUCACGGACUCAACAGGCUGAUUUUAACCUCCUGCUCUCCCAGAGAGAUGAAAUUCCUCACGUCCUUCAGAUGCCGACCGUCCAGCAACAGCAAGCCCAGGCUCAAGCUCAUAUGGCUUUGGCUCAAGCGCAAGCCCAAGCUCAGGCUCAAGCACAGGCGCAACAGGCACAACAGGCACAAGUGCAGGCACAGCAGCCAUCACAGCAGCACCUAGCCUUUACUGCUCAGAUGCAGGCGCAACAGGCCCAGCAGGUACAGCAAGCUCUAAGCGAAAAGCAGGAGUCUGUACCUCAGGGUAGUCCUGAACAGGCGAUCAUUAGCCCGGCACAACCCAGUGUCCCAACUCCCGCGAUGUUCAUCGACCCCAGUCUGCGUGUGCCUACAUCGUCACAACCGCAGGAGCAGACUCCUGCCCCAACCGCCCCCCAGCAGCAAGAUUUGGCAUCCCCUUCGCAACAGGGGCAGCAACCGCAACCUGUCGUCGCUGGUGUAGCUGGUCGGCAGUCAACAGAUGGGUUGGGCCUGCUUAUCGAAGCGUUUGACACUCAACAAGCCGGUGGCGUCCCUCCAACGACUACGGCUGGUCAGGGACAAGUUCCGUAUGACCCCCAGGCACCCCCGCAGCAGUAUUACCCGCAACCCGGAACUCUGGGCGUCAAUGACGGGUAUGAGAACGAGUUGGGUUAUUACAUGUCGGAUCAGGGACAACCCGGUGCUAUGCAGAGCUGGGUUGGUGGAACGAAUAUGUAUGGGUAUUAG